AUGCUUGCUCCUCUAAUCCGCAUCAAAUUACCUUUAGGGCGUCUGUCCAUUCCAAUCAAUCUACCCGUCAGAUUUCAAUCUUCACUCACUUCUCAUCUCUAUCCACGUCCUGGAGAUCGCGUCAUAGUUGCCAUGUCCGGUGGAGUCGAUUCGAGCGUAUGUGCUUAUUUACUUCAUAAACAGGAAUAUAACGUGGAAGGCGUCUAUAUGCGUAAUUGGGAUACAGUUGAUGAGAAAAGUGUUUGUACCGGCGAUCAGGAUUGGAAAGACGUUCAGAAUGUUUGUAAGCAAAUUGGGAUUCCUUGUCGAAUGAUAAACUUUAUAAAAGAAUAUUGGAUCCAAGUAUUUACCAAGGCCAUAGACGACUAUGCCCGUGGGCUCACACCUAACCCAGAUGUAAUGUGCAAUCGAGAGAUUAAAUUUGGUCGGCUGCUGGAGAAAAUACUUGGUUCCAGUCAUAACGACGAGGAUGGUAUAUGGAUGGCAACGGGUCACUACGCCCAAAGAGAAGUUGCGCCUUGUGGAAAAAUCAAACUGUUACGUGCGGUAGACUCGACCAAAGAUCAAACGUACUAUCUGUCAACAGUACCAGAAGAAAAACUACAAAGAACCAUAUUUCCAAUAGGUCAUCUGACAAAGUUACAAGUACGGCAAAUAGCAAAUGAAGCCAACCUCAUCAUUGCCAAUAAGGCCGAGAGUAUGGGGUUAUGCUUUGUCGGUGAGAAGAACAAGUUUGCCGAUUUUCUAGGAGAAUGGUUUGUAUAUCAAAAGGAUGUUGAAAAUAAUUCAAUUAUUGUUGUACCUGGAUCAACCAAUAUACUACUCUUUUCUCGUAAGCUCGUAGCACGGGAUUGGGUAUGGUGUUGGAACAAACCGCCGGACGGUAUUGAGAAAGGUAUAGAUUUGCUUGGACAAGUUAGAUACCGACAAGUAGCUGAACCAUGUAAAGUCACCAUGAGAUCGGAUUUCAAGUAUUUAGUGGAAUUCUCUGUUCCUAUCCAAGCUGUUGCACCUGGACAAUAUGUUGCCGUAUGGGAUGGAAACUGGUGUUUGGGAGGUGGUGUCAUAGAAGAGAGCUUAAGAGACUUUGACGAAUCGGAUAAAAUAACGCUGACUGAUAGUGAUCAAUCAUAG